AUGAUUGCUGAGUUGAAUGGGAGCAAUCAUCCGACAAUCCGCGGCGGCAAGGCCAGAGGAUACACUCUGUGUUUGACUGCCAUGCCGAUUGGCAACACACAUGAAUUGACAAUUGCACUUAUGGUUCGGCACUCAAGAAAGAAGGUGGAGCAGAAGGUUGAUGAGAGAAUAUGGUACCGAUUGCCUGGCGAUAAGCGUGACAAGUGGUUCUGUCGAAUCUGUGGCGGCGGCGGCAGGGGAUCCAUGGCGAAAAAUCUUCACGUGCAUGAAAGUCUUCCUUUUCACAUUGACCAAGUUCGGCGUCAGGCAGACAUUGCUCGGGCCGAGGUUGCCGCGUUGGAUGAGCUUUCUCGAGGCCCGCCUGAUUUGCAAUGGACCUCGGCACUCAAUGAUCCGCCACAACAGUGUCCAACGAGCGAAGCAGGGUCACCGGAAUUGAGAAGGGAUUUGGAUUUUAUCGACCAAGACAAGUGCUUCAGUGAUCGAUCAGAACCGGUGGGCGUAGAAUCCUCUCAAUCGAGCGGUAGCAGUGACACCGACGGGUGGGACGGCCUCAUCCCAGAUGAUUGUCCUACUCAAGACAUACCUGGCCCUUUCUUUGAGGAUGAACACAGGGACUCGCAAGGCCAAAAUACAAAAAACACGGAAUGGUGGCCCUUCCGGGCUAAAGAGUACCUCAUCAGCUCGUUGAUUGUUGGUCACACCCGCACCAUCAUCUCCCGUGUCAUGUACAGUCAUGUCAGGUUGAUGUUUACGCUAUGCGGGACAGCGCUUCCAGAUUGGACUACCAUCCGACGUGGUAAAACAAAGCUACGAAAGAUGAUCGGGAUGGACGUGAUUGGCCGGCGAUCCGUGCUCAACAGCCCAGUCUACUUCCUUAGUCUCCAGAAGACCCUGGCACUUGAAAUAGCUAACCCCCUUGUUGAACCCCACCUUCGAUACUAUCCAGAACUUACCGAAGGAAGCUCAGUGUCCAGGUUGUCCCAGUCUCGAAAAUGGCUUAAGGAACUGGGAACCAACACCCGGGCGCAGAUGGUGCGACAUGGGGGACGGGAUUUCUAUUUGCAUGAAUUGGUCGAGCUCAAGUCUGGUCUCAUUGUGAUACCGGUUUUUUUCUUUGAAUCAAAUGGGUGUAUGUAUGCCCGCUGCCACACACCCGAGAUUGAGACCUCCUUUGAAACAGGGGAAUUGAUUUUCAUGAUCCCCAAGGACGCCCCUUUUGACUCUCCGAACUUGAACAGCUUGAGGGUUGAUGAGUUUGCAAUUGAAUAUCCAGCUAUGACUGUUGCAAAUGGCGGAUUGAUGUCAGACUUGUGUGGGAACAGACUGUAUGAUGUAGGCCCCAACCGCGAAGUGAUCAGACCGAUGUUCAAUCCAUGGUGGUUGAAAGCGGCCGGGCGGGUCAUUCGACAUAUCCCAAUUUGUCUGUAUGCGGAUGAUACAUCGGGUAACAGUUCCAAAAAAUGGAACAAACACAUUUCUUACUACUUCACCCUUGCCGGACUCCCGCCAAAUCUCACCAAUCAACACUAUAACUGUCAUUUUCUUACAACUUCAAACAGCGCAGGACCCAUGGAGCUUGCGGAGGGGAUUGUUGAUGAUCUAAUGAAACUUGUUGAGGAAGGUUGUGUUGCUUAUGAUUGUGGCUUGUCGGAAGAAGUCCUGGUUACAUCCGGUCUGCUCUGUUUCCUGGCAGACACACCUAUGCAUGCCGAAAUAACCAGCACAGUCAUGCCUGGAAACUCGCGUAAUCCGUGCCGCACUUGUGAUUUGUCAGUAGGAAGUGUGGCAAUGAAGAAGACAAUGGCAUACUUGCAGUUCUUUCUGCAAAUUAGUGCUGAUGGCUGUUGGAUCCGGAACGGCUUUCGAUCCUGGCUAGGAAUAAUCGCCAACUGCUAUCUGUUGUGGGAUAUGUCCAAGGAAGCGAGGACAAAAACCCGGGUGGCUCAACUGGGGGGCGACUUGGGGAUUAAAGACUCGGUCAAUAACGAAAUCUUGCUAUUCAAGUACAGCAUACAGGCAAAGGGAGCAGGUGCUACAGCGGCCAACCAUGCUUUCACCAAAAGGAUUGCGGACACAGACCGAUCAAACCCGGAGAGGCUAUUUAACCCCUUUUUUAGAGUACCAGGCAAGUUUCUCGGUGGGGACUUUGAUGGCUGUAGAGACACCCCGGUCGAGGUCCUGCAUGUUUUUCUCCUUGGGGUGGUGAAAUACAUGGUUCGAGAUGUCAUGGGACGGGCCAAGCCAGCCCAAUUAGGGGUCAUUGAGGGCUGGUACCGAGCAUUUGUCACUACCUCGCUGAAUAUUCCUUCGCUGUCGCCGUACUACAUGGCGAGGCAUUCAACCAAUUUUGUUGGGAAGGAAUUUAAGAUUGUUCUCCAAAGUGCACCUUUUGUUUUGUUCACUUUCAUGACUGCAGAGGAACGGCGUGCGUGGUCGGCACUAUGUGAACUGGCCCCGUUGGUGUUCCAAACUCGGAUCGAUGACAUGGACUCAUACGUUUCCGACCUCCGUUAUCACAUACAGAAAUUCCUCUAUCACACUAUCAAGAUCACAGCGCAGUGGGUCAAUAAGCCCAAGUUCCACAUGCUACUUCACUUGCCAGACUCGAUUGAAAGAUUUGGACCGGCAAGCCUAUUUGCUACUGAAAAGUUUGAAAGCUACAAUGGUGUCCUGAGGAACGCAUCUAUCCAUUCAAAUCGACAAAGUCCGGGAAAGGAUAUUGCAAUUACAUUUGCAAACUACAAGGUACUUCGACACCUCAUUUGCGGCGGACAUUUCCAGCACCCCAAGGAACCAGGAAAAUAUGUAGCGGCUGGCGCGGAAGUAUCUCAUCUUUUCGGGGACAACCCACUCAUCCAAAAAUCAAUGGACUAUAACGGCAGGGCAGCACAUGGCGACUCUGACUUUCCCAACCCAAUAAAUGUACGAUCCCCCCCUGGGGACAAGGCUCGAGUACCACCACCCUUGAAAUUACAUCUGCCGGGACGAGAGUUUUUCCAGUUGCAUGCCAUUCAGUUGAACGCUCACCGGCGCCUUCAAAAAGGGGCCUUUUUUUGGUACGACCAACCGCGCUGGGUGAACCAAGUAUGGUCGGAUGUGAUGCGAACGCUUCGUAAAACCGGCAUCACCAAGUUUGUCAAUAUCAAGGAUGUGGUAUCAACGCUCAACGUACAGCAUAACUGCCAUGCGGCAGGCUGCGAUGUAAAGGUGACCGGCACCGUUCGAGUGGAACGUGAAGAGUCGGAGGAGAAUAAUGCGACUGUGGCGCACGAAAACACAGUCGAUUUCGUGGUCAAUUCUCUUGAGUUGCCUGGAUCAAGGACCCUUCGGGAGUGGGUUGACUUACCACGAGGUGAGGAUGAAGUUAGCGACCUCAUCCCUAUGUUAGAGGAGGGACUUGCCGCCUGGAUCGAUGCGGGAGGUGACGAUGGUGAUGAAGGGGAAGAGCAGUUGGCCCCGGAAGCAUCUUAACAAUUAUUCUUGUGUUCUACUUUGCUUCGUUCUCCUGCAUACUCAAUGUGACGGUUUUCGGUGGUGUGCAAUUAGAAU